AUGCAAGUGGAAUAUGAAUGGAAACCUCCAAGAUGUGCCCAGUGUCGGGUAUUUGGUCAUCAUUUACAGGAAUGUAGUAAAAAUGUUCGUAAUAUGAAACAAAAAGCGAAGGUGGAUGAUGACCGUUUUACUGAGGUGCAACCUAUUGGUAUUGCUAAAGUUUCGGUGCCUAAUCAAGAUAAGGGAAAGGAUAAUGGUCUUGUUGAGAGUGCCAAGAAGAAGACAUGUUUUCCUAUUAUGAGUUUUAGCAAUCCUUUUGCUAUUUUAGGUGAUGAUUUGGUUGAGAAUGAGGGUGGGACCUCUAGUUUGGUUCCAGGUCGAGAUAUGGAUGGAAUGGAUCCCAUUCAGAAGUUUAAUAACACUUUUGAUGUGUCUGAUUCAGAGGACGAGGUUGAAAACAUUUAUGAUGAACACACUUAUAUUAAGGAGAAGGGUAGUGGUACAAGCACUCCUGCUGAUUCGAUUUCAAAUAGUAGUUUGUGUGAUAAAGGUGCUAGAAUUAUAUUGGGUUGGAAUCUAGAUGUUGUAAAUGUCAUGGUUUUGGCUCAAUCUGAUCAGGUUAUUCAUCCUCAGGUCAUUUGUAAGGCUACUAAAAAGGUGGUUAUUUGUUCUUUUGUCUACGCUCAUAAUUCCUACAUUCUUAUACGCUCACUUUGGGCUGAUUUGUUGAAACAUAAGUCCUUUGUUCGUAGCUGUCCGUGGGUGUUGCUUGGUGAUUUUAAUGUUGCGUUGAAUCUAGAAGAUAAAGUAGCUAUACGUGAUUUUAAGGAUUGUGUGGUCAAUCUUGGUGUUAGUGAUGUCAAAAUGCUUGGUUUGUGUUACACUUGGAAUCAAAAGCCUCGGGGUGGAGUUGGUCAAUUUAAAAAGAUUGAUAGAAUUAUGUCGAAUUUGGAAUUCUGUGAUACUUUUGUGGGAUCGACUGCUAUUUUUCAGCCAUACAGAAUUUCAGACCAUGCACCUGCAGUGCUUCGUAUUGCUAUGAAUGUCAAAUUUAAACCUAAACCAUUUAAGUUUUUCAAUAUCUUGAUUUAUAAUACUAAGUUUAAAGAUGUUGUUUCUGAAGCUUGGAAGGUGGAAGUCUCGGGACAUGCUAUGUAUUGUUUGGUUCAAAAGCUUAAGGCUGCUAAGAAACCACUUCGCAAGCUGCUACGUGACUAUGGUAAUAUUCAUGAAAAGGUUGUUGUUUUGCGUCAGGAGCUUGAUAAGGUGCAAUCAGCCUUAGAUAAAGAAGCUCCUAAUUCUCUUCUUAAAGAGGAACAUUCGGUUCAUUUAAGUGCCUUUACUGAUGCUUUACUUGAUGAAGAAAAGUUUCUUAAACAAAAGGCGAAGGUGGUUAAGUCUCGGGCUGCAAAGAAUAGAAUUGAUAAGAUUAUUGAUGCGCAAGAUCUUUUUGUUAAUCAACUAGCUGAGGAUAAAGCUUUAACAAUGGUAGGUGAUACUUCUGAUUUGGAGAUAAAGGAGGUCAUUUUUUCUAUGGGGGAAGAUAAGUCUCCCGGUCCGGAUGGUUUUUCGGCAACCUUUUUUAAAGGGGCUUGGGAUAUUGUGGGAACGGAUGUCAUCAAGGCAGUUCGUGAUUUCUUUGUUAGUGGUCGGCUUCUUAAGGAACUAAAUCAUACUGUUAUUUCUCUUAUUCCGAAAGUUGAAUCACCUUCUCACAUUAAUGAUUACCGACCCAUCUCUUUGUGUAAUAUUAUUUUUAAAUGUAUUACAAAGAUCUUGGCAAACAGGUUAAAGGGAUGUCUUGAUGAUUUGGUUAGCAUUAACCAAUCUGCUUUUGUUCCUGGCAGAAGGAUUACGGAUAAUAUCCUUGACUCAGGAACUGAUGCAUAA